AUGUCUAAACUCGACCGACGGAACCAGGCCAAGCAGAAGCAGGCCCAGAAGCAUAAAGCCCAUCAGCAGGAGACCGUUGUCUUCGCCGGCAAGGACGGCGCUCCCCGAAAUGUCGCUGUCAUCCCUCUCUGCCCGGAUGGUGACUCCACUGCUGCUGUUCGAGCCCUGAACCAGAGUCUCGACAUCGACCAAGAAAUACCCCUUGGCACAGCUCGCGUGCCUAUCGAUAGGUUCAAGCAGAAGCUGCAAUACGUAGCCCUGCCACGCGACCUCACAGCCUGUUCGGAUGCUGCCAGAGUCGCCGACUUCGUGGUGCUUAUCCUGUCCGCAGAUGUCGAUGUCGACGACCUUGGCGAGUUGAUCCUUCGUAGCGUGGAAAGCCAAGGGUUGUCCACUCUGUUCACCGUCGUUCAGGGCCUGAAUAAGACCGAGCCCGCCAAACUCAGGAACCCAGUUCUUGACUCUCUGCGGUCAUAUAUUACACAUUUCCACCCGGAGCAGCACAAGAUUUACAACCUCGACAACAGGCAGGAGUGUUCAAAUUUGAUGCGCUCACUCUGCAAUUCGACACCAAAGGGCAUCAAGUGGCGGGAUGAGCGAAGCUGGAUGUUGGUGGAGGACGUCAGGUUUGCAGAUUCGGAAGAGGAUCCCACCAUUGUCACGGGUGUUGUGAGGGGCAGAGGCUUACAGGCGGACCGACUGGUGCAAGUUGGCGACUGGGGGUCGUUCAAGAUCGAGAAGAUCACCGCUGCACCGCUGUCAAGGAGAGGCAAGAAGUCAGAUGAGGGGAUGAACGUGGACGAUCAAACAGAACAACCGCUCGCGGUUCCUACCGAGGAUCAAGACGACCUUGAUGACCUGGCGCCAGAGGUCGCGGCCAUGCGUGAUGCGGAUGAUGACAUCGAAUUGGAUGAUGCCACGUCCGUGGCGCCGUCGACCAAGAAGGGAGUUUUGCUGGACGACCAUCACUAUUUCUCCGAAGAUGAGGACAAUGCCCAAGUCAAGCACUUGAGGGUGCCCAAGGGAACGUCAAAGUAUCAGUCGGCUUGGUACCUGGAGGACGACGUAUCUGACGACGGAUCUGAUAUGACUGACAUGGACUUGGACGACGAGCAAGGGUCUGAGGCUUCUGUGGCACCAGAAGACGGCAUGGAGGGACUUGCCGUGGAUCGUAUGACUGAGGCUGGGCCAUCGGAGUAUCCGCAAUCAGAGAAAUUCGAAGAACUGGAUGAGAACGACGACGCUGCGCAGCUGGCGCAGUACCGAGCUAAGAAGAAGGACGAAGCUGAAGAGGAUCUGGAAUUCCCCGACGAGAUUGAAUUACAUCCCAACGUUCUCGCACGUGAGCGACUGGCGCGAUACCGAGGACUGAAGAGCCUGCGGAGCAGCCCCUGGGAACAGGACGAGGAUCGAGCUCAUGAGCCUGAGGAGUGGCGUCGGCUUCUGCAAGUCCAGAACUACCAGGCCUCUCGGAACAGCGCACGCAAUGAGGCCCUUGUGGGAGGUGUGCAACCUGGCACUCGGGUCCAUGUUCAUAUCAAAGGCGUCCCUGCUGAGUCUCGAGCAACAUAUCACCCAGCCAAGCCUGUGACUCUGUUCUCCUUACUGAGACACGAACAAAAGCGGACGGCGGUCAAUUUCCUCAUCAACUUGAGCUCGGACUAUUCCAGACCAAUCAAGUCUAAGGAGGAGAUCAUCAUGCAGUGUGGCCCUCGGAGGUUCAUCAUCAAUCCUCUAUUCUCGCAGGGUGGCACUACCCCGAACGACGUGCACAAGUAUUGCCGCUAUUUGCACCCCGGUCAGUCUGCAGUGGCAACCUUCACGGGCCCUGUGACCUGGGGCGCCGUACCAGCUCUGUUCUACAGGAGAUCAAAGCCGGGCGAGGAGAAGGCGGAGGGCGAGCCUGACCUACCUCUGACGUUGAUUGGCACGGGUACUGCCAUUUCUCCUUCCACCAACCGAGUCAUCGCCAAACGAGUAAUCCUGACGGGUCACCCGUACCACAUCCACAAGAGGAUCGUGACCAUCCGAUACAUGUUCUUCAACAGGGAAGACGUGGAAUGGUUCAAGGCCCUGCCCUUGUGGACCAAGCGAGGACGAAGUGGCCACGUCAAGGAGCCGCUCGGAACCCAUGGAUACUUCAAGGCAACAUUCGACGCGCAUAUCAACCCGCAGGACACCAUUGGCGUCAGUCUUUACAAGAGGGUCUGGCCUCGCAAUGCGAUACCAUUGCAAGGCCCGCUAUUAGACCACGCAGAAGAGGCUACAGUGUCAGGCGAGGUCAUGGAGGAGUAG